AUGACUGAGAAUCGGGAUGCACGAGUAGUGGUAUCUUUUACAGAUUUCAGUGAAACGGCAGACGGUAUUAGUGAGCUGAAACUAAGUAAACCCAUUGCUGAUGGACUUGACGUAAUGAACUUUAGAGAACAACCUUACGAUAACGCUGUUGCAAUGGUCACAAGAGAGACAGAUGUGCAGCAACGAAUAAAAUACAUCAAUCCUAAUGCUGGAGUUAUAGUCUCCCCAGACAACUUCUUGAAACUAGUCUGCUUGCUUCGAUGGAGGUCUCAGUUGUCAGGAUGCAAAACUGCAAUGAUAGGCAGUGUCUGUAGAAGAGAUUCACUAAUUUUUAAAUCAUCUGCCAACACAUCAGAAAGUGAAAGCUAUUCUGACAGUGUAGACGACUCCAAACCUGUUAAUUUCUCUGUAACUGUUCAAGAUAAUAAGACAGUUGAUGAAGCUCUAUCCUUGGUUGAUGAUUUCUCUGACACAAAAUUUAGCUUAAACCAAAAAUGUAUACUUCCAGAAGGUUACUGUUCUGGAGAAGAAGAGGAAGGCGAAGACCAACAUUUUGGGUAUAGUGAUGCCAAAAAGUUUAAAGCUCAGAGAUGCAUUCAUUAUUUAAAAAGCAGUGAUGGAAAGAGAAAUGAGACUGAAAGAUUGAGCCCAGGCUCCACUGAUACAGGGAAGCUCAGCCCUAAAGCAAAGGCCAAGAAAAAACGACAUAAGGCACUCACAAUUUGCACAUCUACUUGCAAGUAUGAAGUAGUUCGUCGAGUCGCAAGAAAGUUUGGCAUGAGAGAUGUUUCGGAGAAUGAACCAUGGAAUGUAUAUUGGACUGAUUUGUCAGUAUCCAUUGAAAGAGCAAAGGAUAUGAAGAGAUUCCAGAAGAUUAAUCAUUUUCCUGGAAUGUCUGAAAUUUGCCGUAAGGAUCUGCUUGCUCGUAAUCUUAACAGAAUGUUAAAAAUUUUUCCAAAAGAUUACAACUUCUUUCCCAAAACUUGGAGUCUUCCUGCGGACAUAGCGGACAUGUUAUCCUAUGCUCGUUCAAGACGUAAUCGGACUUACAUUUGCAAACCAGAAUCUGGUUGUCAAGGAAGAGGAAUAUUUAUAACCAGAAGUUUGAAAGAAGUCAAACUAUUUGACAGGGCAAUCUGUCAAAUCUACAUAUCGAAGCCAUUUCUGGUGGAUGGAUUCAAGUUUGAUCUCCGACUCUAUGUUUUGAUUACAUCUUGUGAUCCGCUUCGAGUAUAUGUUUACAAUGAUGGCCUUGUCAGAUUUGCAACAUGCCGGUAUCGAGAACCAACUCCUAGUAAUACAAGCAACGUGUUCAUGCAUCUGACAAACUAUGCUGUCAAUAAGUACAGUCGUACCUAUGUUGUGGAUGAUGAGGCAGGUAGCAAAAGAAAGAUAUCUUCCUUAAACAAAUGGUUGGAGAAAAAAGAGUAUAAUGUUCAAGAACUUUGGCAGAACAUUGAUGAGGUCGUCAUAAAGACGAUAAUUGCUGCUCAUCCUGUCCUAAAACACAGUUAUCACGCUUGUUUUCCGGGUCAUGACUACACAUACGCUUGCUUUGAACUUCUGGGUUUUGAUAUACUAUUGGAUUACAGGAUGAAACCAUACAUUCUUGAGGUAAAUCAUUCUCCAAGUUUUCAUACUGAUGCCCAGAUUGAUCGAGACAUAAAGGAAAAUCUUCUAAUGGACACAUUUAAUAUUUUGAACCUAUGUCAAAUGGACAAAAGGAAAGUUAUGGAGGAAGACCGAAAACGUGUUCGAGAAAGGCUCCUUCAAGGAAUACUUCAUAAGGAUCAGAGUAAUGACCAUCAUAAUGGGCCAUCAAUUGCAAACAAGAUUGCAAAGCAGCAGGCAGCAUGGGAAGAAAAGCAUACAGGAAAUUUCCGAAGAAUAUAUCCAUGCAAUGACAGUGAAAAGUAUGAGCAGUUCUUCAAUCAGACACAGAGCUCUGUUUUCCAAGACACAGCAGCUUCAAGAGCUCGUGAAGAAUGUUCCCGCCAACAGAGAGAGGAGAUAGAGCUGAAAGCCAAGGAAGAAGCAGCAAGACGACCAGGUGCAAAACCAAGAGACUGUGAUCAUGUGCAACCAGAAUCUCCCAUAAUUCAAGACAGCAACAAGAUAAAAGUAAUACAGCCUCCUCCAAAGAAGAAACAUCCUGCCCCCAUCCAGGUACCACAAUUAACAUUUUCAUUUAAAUCUAAGUACUGA